CUUUUUUCUUCUUCUUUUAAUGUGUAAACUGAGGUAUUAGGAGAUAGGAAAUGAUGUGGUGUUUGGAAUUUGCUUUAAAACAUAUUCCAACAAAAGGGCCAGACACAUUGGCUCAUGCCUGUAACCCCAGCAGUUUGGGAGACUGAGAUGGGUGGAUCACCUGAGGUCAGGAGUUCGAGACCAGCCUGGCCAACAUGGUGAAACCCCAUCUCUACUAAAACAAUACAAAAAUUAGCCAGGAGUGGUGGUGCAUGCCUGUAAUCCCAGCUACUCGGGAGGCUGAGGCAGGAGAAUCGCUUGAACCUGGGAGGUGGAGGUUGCAGUGAGCAGAGAUCAUGCCAUUGCACUCCAGCCUGGGCAACAAGAGUAAAACUCCCAUCUAAAAAAAAAUUAUAUAUAUAUAUCUCAACAAAAAAAAGAAGGUCUUGAUGCAGUGGGUGGGGAGGGGCAGAGGAGACAGGUUGAUGACGGUUGAAGAGAGGUGCUAAGUACCUAGGGUGAGGUUCUUGCACUCUCUAAACUUCCGUGUGUUUGAAAAUUUUCAUAACAAGAGAAAACAAAAAAUUAAACAGAAAAUGAGGUUGUCAUUUCCUCCAGUCAAACAAACAUAACAGGACUUAGGAUGCACUUUUCCUAAUCGCUCCUCUGGCAGAAUAGUUUGAUCCUCCAGCUAGCUUCCAGCUCUCAUCCUGUUCAUCUGUUCUCUAGACACUGGCAGGAAAUAGGCUCUUCAACAGGGCCUGCCAGGUCCAGUGCUAGGGAGUAGAGCGUUUUGGAUUCUAUGCCCACAUUUUUUUUUUUUUUAAUUUGACCAGUUUUCCAGUUGAGAUACUUGAAAUACAAAGUCUCAUGGUGAGGUCUUGUCCUCUGCUGUCCCAUUCCUUUUUAUGAGCCAUCAUGGCGUCAAUCUUAUCUCUAAGGAGAAAAAUUGGGAGGAGAGGCCUAGAUUCCCCAAUAGAAGCAGGAAGGAAAAGUUUGCAGAAUGAAGUGUGAAGCGAGGUUUGUGGUUUGAGUCAUCAGAAUGUCAAGGAGAAAAGAAGAAAAAUGAAUCAUCAUCAUUUGACCACGGUAUUUACAGCUAGCGGAAGGGACAAGAGGAGAAAAAAGCAAGGGAGGAGAAAAAGGAAGAACAUCUCAGAAUAAAAUUGGGGUGGGUGGGGGGAGGAGGAGGAAGACAAUCUGAGAAAUUGGUUUGGUUGCACCGCUACUGGCCACAACACAAAAAUGUGUCCAUUCCUGGUUAAAAUUAAAAAUAAAUAUGCAUGCACGUGUAUUUGUCUGCUGUGUUUAAUCAGAUAGCGAGGCACUCCUUUAAGCCCCUUGAAGACCCAAAGUUGCGCUCAGAGACUGCCCACCUGGAACGGAGCCAGAGCUUGAACAGGGAGCGGCUCAGAGUACCCAAAGCUGCCUAGCUGACCACAUUCUUCUCUAUGAGUUCCCAGUAACGGAGCCCAGUGGAGGAGACGCUACACUUCUCUGUGGGUGCAGAGGCUAAGGGCGGGGGUCUCCAUAGAGGCGUCAGCGCCCACCAGCAGCAGUAACCGCGCACAGGGAGAUGAAGAAUGCGACCAGUGAUACGUCCAACCUGGAAAACGGGCCUGAGAACCAAAGGGCCAACUUCUGGCCAUGCAUAACGAAGCGGAGCAAUCUCAGAGGAGAAGGCACUGGAAAAGCGUUGCAGGUCAAUUUUUCCCAGCAGAAACGGAAGAUUUCGAUGUCGAUCAUUUUGUGUCUGACUGUAGGAAGCGGGUCCAGCUGGAAGAACUGAGAGAUGACCUGGAGCUCUACUAUAAACUUCUUAAAACAGCCAUGGUCGAACUCAUCAACAAGGAUUAUGCAGAUUUUGUCAAUCUUUCAACAAACCUGGUUGGCAUGGACAAAGCCCUCAACCAGCUUUCUGUGCCUUUGGGACAAUUACGAGAAGAGGUUCUGAGCCUUAGAUCAUCUGUCAGUGAAGGAAUUCGGGCAGUUGAUGAACGAGUGUCUAAACAAGAGGACAUUAGAAAAAAAAAGAUGUGUGUAUUGAGGCUUAUACAAGUUAUUCGAUCAGUUGAGAAAAUUGAAAAAAUCUUAAACUCUCAAAGUUCUAAAGAAACAUCUGCACUAGAAGCAAGCAGCCCCCUUUUGACCGGACAAAUUUUGGAGAGAAUUGCCACAGAAUUUAAUCAGUUACAGUUUCAUGCUGUUCAAAGCAAAGGCAUGCCUCUUUUGGACAAAGUAAGACCGCGUAUAGCUGGCAUUACAGCCAUGUUACAGCAGUCACUGGAAGGCCUCCUAUUAGAAGGCCUUCAGACGUCUGAUGUCGACAUAAUACGGCACUGCUUGCGGACUUACGCCACGAUUGACAAGACACGGGACGCGGAGGCCUUAGUUGGCCAAGUACUAGUGAAACCAUACAUAGACGAGGUGAUUAUAGAGCAGUUUGUUGAAUCUCAUCCCAAUGGCCUUCAGGUCAUGUAUAAUAAACUCCUGGAGUUUGUUCCUCACCAUUGCCGCCUUCUUCGAGAAGUCACGGGAGGUGCCAUCUCCAGUGAAAAAGGCAAUACUGUUCCUGGAUAUGACUUUUUGGUGAAUUCUGUCUGGCCACAAAUAGUACAAGGAUUAGAAGAAAAGUUACCCUCGCUUUUUAAUCCUGGGAAUCCCGAUGCAUUUCAUGAGAAAUAUACCAUAAGUAUGGAUUUUGUCAGAAGAUUUGAACGGCAAUGUGGAUCACAGGCUAGUGUAAAAAGAUUAAGAGCACAUCCUGCCUAUCAUAGCUUCAAUAAUAAGUGGAACUUGCCUGUUUAUUUUCAAAUAAGAUUUAGAGAAAUAGCAGGAUCCUUAGAAGCAACACUUACAGAUGUCCUGGAAGAUGCCCCAGCUGAAAGUCCAUAUUGCCUUUUGGCUUCUCAUAGAACUUGGAACAGCCUCAGGAGGUGUUGGUCAGAUGAGAUGUUCUUGCCAUUGCUGGUGCAUCGCCUGUGGAGAUUCACUCUGCAGAUUUUGGCACGAUACUCUGUGUUUGUCAGUGAGCUUUCACUCAGGCCCAUUUCUAAUGAAAGUCCCAAGGAGAUCAAGAAACCUUUGGUAACUGGUAGCAAAGAACCUUCCAUCACCCAAGGAAACACUGAAGACCAAGGAAGUGGUCCUUCAGAAACAAAGCCUGUGGUUUCCAUUUCCCGCACUCAGCUCCUGUAUGUGGUUGCAGACCUGGACAAGCUUCAGGAGCAGCUUCCAGAACUCUUGGAAAUAAUCAAGCCAAAACUUGAAAUGAUUGGCUUUAAGAAUUUUUCUUCUAUCACAGCAGCCCUGGAGGACUCCCAGAGCUCUUUGUCAGCCUGUGUGCCCUCCUUGAGUAGCAAGAUCAUCCAGGAUUUAAGUGACUCUUGCUUCAGUUUCCUAAAAAGCGCGCUGGAGGUUCCCAGGCUUUACCGAAGAACCAAUAAGGAGGUCCCAACCACAGCUUCCUCCUAUGUGGACAGUGCUCUGAAGCCCUUAUUCCAGCUUCAGAACGGACACAAGGAUAAGCUCAAACAAGCAAUAAUUCAGCAGUGGCUAGAAGGCGCUCUCAGUGAAAGCACUCAUAAGUACUACGAAACCGUGUCAGAUGUAUUGAACUCUGUGAAGAAAAUGGAAGAGAGCCUGAAAAGGCUGAAACAAGCCAGAAAAACCACUCCCACCAACCCCGUCGGUCCCAGUGGUGGCAUGAGUGAUGACGACAAAAUCAGGCUGCAGUUGGCCCUGGAUGUUGAGUACUUAGGAGAGCAGAUACAAAAGCUGGGACUGCAAGCAAGUGACAUAAAAAGCUUCCCAGCUCUCGCAGAGCUUGUUGCUGCUGCCAAGGACCAGGCAACAGCAGAGCAGCCUUAAGCAUCUUGGAAGAUCUCGAGGUUAGAUUCUUAAGCAAGAGAAGAGUUGGACUUCCAGGCUGAAGGGGAGAAAGUGACUCUGUUCUCUUAGCAACCGUCCGUAGCGAAGAAGUGCUUCCAGCAUCACUCCAGCGACACGCCCAUGCGUCUUCUCUCAGCGUAUUUGGGUCUUCCUUUGCCCAAAAAGAACACAAAAGCCUUUUUCCAUUGUAUGGAAGAUAGUUUUUAAGACAUUUGAAACUUUCUACUAUAGUUUACAGAACAAAUUAUUUUAUUUUUAUUGUAAAUCUUAGUGUGGAAGAGCUGAUUUCUAAAAUAUGAUUAAAGUAAAUAUAUACCUAUGAAUGUCAGGAGUUGUCUCCCUGAGCCUGCAGUUGGAAGUGACGACUGUAGUGGAGUGAUGUCCUGUAUAGAAACGCCCUUCUCUGAAAUAAAGAGAACUCCUGGGCUUUCUAAAGAGGCUGCCGGAGGCCGUCCUCCACUCCCACUGUGUGUGGGAGCAGUGCUUCUGAUCCUGCUGUCACCGCAGCCUCUGGCAGGGGCCGGCACCAGUAGGAAAGACCUCCUUCCUAAAUAAAAGACGUGUCUCCCGGGA